AUACUUGAGGGUCCCGCACUAGGCCGGGAGUACAUUGAUGAACCAGAAAAGACGGCCGCAUCCUUCAUAGAGGCACCAGCAUGGAGAGCUUCUUUCGGGCAGAAUAACCGCUCAAAACGCCUCUACAAGACUGGAGAUUUGGCGAGAUACAAAAAGGACGGGUCGGUCGAGCUAAUGGGACGAAAAGACAACCAGGUGAAACUUCGUGGCCAACGCAUCGAAAUAGGGGAGAUAGAGCACCAAGUCAGGCAGGCAAAGUGCGGCGUGAAACAAGCUGUGGCGGAGCUGAUUAGACCUCAUGAUUGCGAGGAUGACCUGCUUGCUUGUUUUAUCGUUCUUGAUGAUGACCUGGACAACGAGAUGAACGAGAACGACGACGAAAAUACGAAGUACACGACAAAAACACAGAAGGUUGUGCAGCAAGUUCAAGAGAAGUUGGAUCAGUUUCUUCCGCAAUACAUGGUCCCGUCAGCGUUCAUUAGAGUACCCCAGCUACCAUUAACAUGGUCCGGAAAGAUUGACCGCAAAAAGAUACGCGAAAUGGGUGCGUCCUUGUCAACGCAGGAAUUACUCGCCGAGAUGCGCACGCAGAGCCAGGGACCUAAGAGGCAGCCAACAACAGCAAUCGAGCAGGCGCUGCAGCAGCUGUGGGCUCAGGUACUCGGCAUCGAUAUGGAUACUAUUGGGCUGGAUGACAGCUUCUUCCGCCUAGGCGGCGACUCUAUCGCGGCCAUGAAGCUGGUGGCUGAAGCCCGCAGGUUAGGAAUGAAAUUGACUGUAGCAGAUGUCUUUCGCAGCCCCAAGCUCUGUCAGCUUACCACUGUCGUCGCCACCACAUCAGUUACAGAUUCUCCCACUACAAUCCCUCGUGUGCAUCACACUGGGCCCGCUCUACAAUCCUUUGCCCAAGGACGUUUGUGGUUCUUAGAGGAGUUGUACCCGGGAUUGAACUGGUACUCGAUGCCAUUAAUGGUGCGCAUGAAGGGUCCAUUGCAGUUGGAAGCGCUCAAAUCUGCCCUGCUUGCAGUCGAGAGCCGCCAUGAGACGCUGCGAACGACUUUUGACACUAUCAAUGGUGUUGGUUUGCAAUUCGUCGAGCCAUUUUGCAGUAAAGACAUCAGUGUUAUCGAAAUGCCGGCGGGCGACAAGCAGCGUCUUACAGAUGCUCUUCAACGGGACCAAGCGACUCCUUUCGACCUGCGGUUAGAGCCUGGCUGGCGGGCGGCUAUCUACCGUAUAGGUGAAGACGAACAUGUGCUAUCUGUUGUCAUGCACCAUAUUAUCUUGGAUGGCUGGUCCAUGGAUGUGGUAACCCGCGAGUUGGCUGCUUUCUACUCCGCCGCGACACAGGGCCGGGACCCGCUGGUUCAAGUACAGCCGCUGCCAAUUCAGUACCGUGACUUCUCGCUCUGGCAGAGAGAGCAGGCCCAGGUCGAAAAUAAUCAGAAACAGCUUGACUACUGGGUUCGGCAGCUCCAGGGAAACCGACCUGCGGAACUACCUUGUGACAAGCCCCGGCCCGCCGCCUUAUCAGGACAGGCUGGCGUACGAUCCAUUCAGAUUCGCGGUUCCCUAUAUGACGAUCUACAGCGUUUUUGCAAAUUGCAUGGCAUGACGUACUUUGUAGUUCUGCUAGCUGCCUUCCGAGCCGCACAUUUUCGCCUCACCGGCCAAGGUGAUGCAACCAUCGGCACACCAAACGCCAAUUGGGAAAGGUGGGAGGUCAAGGACAUGGUCGGCUUCUUUGUCAACCUACAAUGUCUUCGAACAUCUGUUGGCGAGGGAACUUUUAAAAGCCUUGUUGACCAAGUCCAUGAUGUUGUGGUUGCGUCGCAUGCGAAUGCAGAUGUUCCAUUUGAGAGCAUCGUAUCGAAGCUGAAGAAUGAUCGAGAUUUGUCUCGCCACCCAUUUUUCCAGAUUGUGUUUGCUGUACACUCUCAGCAGGAUUUCGGACAACUGAAGCUCGAGGGCUUGGAGACAGAGAUCGUGCCUAUGCCAGCAAAUUCAAGGUUCGAUAUGGAAUUCCACUUCUACCAGCAGGCAGAUGGCUUGCAGGGUAACAUGCAAUUCUCUACAGACUUGUAUGCUCCGGAAACUAUUGACAAUAUGCUAUCGAUCUUCCAUGUUGUCUUGGAAACAUGUCUUAAGGAGCCUGAGACAGUAGUGGCUUCAUUGCCAAUGCUGAGUGACGCUCACUUCUGCAAGCUGGACAAGAUGGGGCUUAUCCAGGUUGAAGAGACGGCUUAUCCCCGUGACUCUAGUAUCGUCGACUUGUUCCGCCAGCAGGCUUUUAUUUGUGCGUCCAAGGUUGCCGUCCAAGAUGCAUCGGCAAAGAUGACGUACGCUCAAUUAGACGAAGCAUCUGAUACUCUUGCUUGGUGGUUAGCAAAGCGAGCGCUCGCCCCGGAGACCCUCGUAGGCGUGCUCGCGAAUCGAAGCUGCGAGGCAAUCAUUGCGUUCCUGGGCAUCCUGAAAGCGAACUUGGCUUAUCUUCCACUUGAUUCCAAGACGCCAACAAAGAGGAUAGAGGCCAUCCUGUCGUCCCUUCCAGGCUAUACUAUUCUUCUUACAGGAGCAGAUAUUCCAAAUACGAACAUACAGCUGAGCAAAGUUGAGGUUGUUGGCAUCAGGGAAGCCUUGACAGAGGCGAUGGACGACUUCAUUUCUCAACAAUCUGUGACGACUAUUGAGGGGCCAUCAUCCACCAGCCUCGCUUAUGUCAUGUUCACCUCAGGGUCGACGGGCCAGCCAAAGGGGGUCAUGGUGGAACACCGCGGCAUUGUGCGACUAGUAAGGGAUAAUAACCUAGUUCAGUAUCUGCCAACCUCACCUGUUAUGGCCCACAUGGCCAAUCUUGCCUUUGAUGCAUCGAUAUGGGAGAUUUACGCCCCCCUAUUACAUGGUGGUACUAUAGUCUGUAUUGGCUCAAUGGCGGUCCUGGAUCCCGAGGUUGUACUCCAGAUCUUUCGUCUACAUCAUGUACAAUCAGCCUUCAUGACACCAACUCUGAUGGGCAGUUAUGCGAAACAAUUACCUGCAAUAUUCACUGGUAUCGAGAUGCUCUGUGUUGGAGGUGAAGCACUUCAGCCACAUCACAUUCAGAGCAUAGAGAAUGUGUUCACGGGCAAGCUUGUGAACUCAUAUGGCCCAACCGAGAACUCUGCCUGGAGUACACUCUUCCUCGUCGCGAAGAAAGAGAGAUUAUUGAAUGGCGUGCCUAUUGGCCGAGCGCUGAGCAACUCUGGUGCCUACGUUAUGGACUCGAAGCUGACCAUUGUACCCCUCGGGGUCGUUGGUGAACUCGUGGUUACAGGCGAUGGUGUAGCGCGUGGAUAUACAGAUCCCAGUCGUGAUAUCGAUCGCUUUGUCUCGGUUACUAUUAGUGGUCAGACGGUCAAAGCGUAUCGAACGGGUGAUUACGUCCGCUGGCGACCUACCGACGGCGAGCUAGAGUUUUUCGGUCGGAUGGAUGGACAAGUCAAGAUUCGCGGAAACCGUGUCGAGUUGAGCGAGAUCGAGCACGUUCUCUAUAGCCACAAAUCGGUCAGCGAAGCAGUAGUGGUCGUCCAGCAGCAAGGCGAAGAGGCGCGACUGGCCGGGUUCGUCACAGUAAACGAAAGCACUACAAUGGCCAAUGCACAGCAUGACAAUAGUGGCGAAUCGCACCACGUGGACGCGUGGGAAACCAAAUUUGAAUCUGAACUGUAUUCGCCAAUUAGUGUUGUUCGACCUGAGAGCAUUGGUCGAGACUUUGUUGGAUGGACGACAAUGUUUGAUGGCAGAGAGAUAGACAAGGGGGAAAUGAACGAGUGGCUGGAUGACACUAUACAUACAAUACUCGAGAUCCAUCGACCCGACCACGUACUUGAGAUUGGAUCCGGAACCGGCAUGAUCCUGUUCAAUCUGGGUAAUGGGCUGCGAAGUUAUGUAGGUCUGGAACCGUCCCAGAAAGCCAUCAAUUUCAUCACAGAAUCCGUCAAAUAUAUGCCUAUGUUGUCGGGCAAGGUCCAAAUGCAUAAGGCUACAGCAGCAGAUGUUGGGCACCUUAAAACGCCUAUCAUCGCAAGCCUUGUCAUUCUGAACUCGGUUGUUCAAUACUUCCCGAGCUUGGAGUAUCUCUUCAAGACCGUGCAGCAGCUGCUCAAGAUCGACACUGUUCGCACGAUUUAUUUUGGCGACAUCCGAUCCUAUGCGUUGCACCGAGAGUUCCUGACAACGCGAUCACUGCGUAUAGCGGGUGGCAAGGCAACAAAGGCUGAUAUCCAACGCAUGGUAAAUGACAUGGAGCGAGUCGAACGUGAGCUGCUGGUUGAUCCAGGCUUCUUCACUGCCCUGCCUGAUUACUUUCCGGGCCUUGUCGAGCAUAUCGAGAUCCUACCUAAGAAGAUGAGGGGGACAAAUGAGCCGAGUUGCUACCGCUAUGCAGCUGUUGUGCAUGUCAGAGAAACAAAUCAGCAGACAAGAGACAUUCGCAGCCUUGGAGAUGGUGAAUGGAUCGAUUUUGUAGAGCGCCGGCUGGAGCGACAGUCUCUACUGCAACUGCUCCGGGAUCUUCCUGUAUCGGCCACAAUAGCUGUGAGCAAUAUUCCUUACAGCAAGACUAUCCUAGAUCGGUGCCUGAUAGAUGCGCUGGAUGGAACAGAAGCAGAGACAUUCGAUCACAAGAAUUGGCUGUCUGAAGUGCAUCAGAGAGCCCAGCGCUUUGCCUCACUUUCACCUAUAGACUUGGUUGAGCUAGCCCAAGAGGCCAAUUGCCAAGUAGAGAUCAGUUGGAACAGACAAUUCUCUCAGCGUGGCGGCUUAGAUGUCAUCUUCCAUCGAUAUCCGCCACAAAAAGAAGAGAAUAGGAUAAUGUUCCGGUUCCCCACUGACCACUCAGAUCGUCCGUGGCAUAGUCUCGGCAGUAAGCCGUUACAGCACAAGUUCCUGCAGAGAAUCCCACAAGAGCUUCUGGAGAUUGCUGAAGGUCAUCUGCCUGCUUACAUGAUUCCUCAGACUAUUACCGUGCUAGAUGCAAUGCCGAUGAAUCAGAACGGCAAGAUAGACCGGAAGGCGCUUGCAGAACGAACAGAAAUACAGAAUAGCCAUAGAGAGUCGACCCAGCAAUUGAUGUCAGCUGGAGAGAAGAUGAUGCAGCAGCUGUGGGCUCAGGUACUCGGCAUCGAUGCGGACACCAUCGGGCUGGAUGACAGCUUCUUCCGCCUAGGUGGCGACUCGAUGGCAGCCAUGAAGCUGGUGGCUAAGGCCCGCAAGCAAGGCAUCCAAUUGACAGUUGCGAGCAUUUUCGAUUCUCCUAAGCUCACUAAUCUAGUAGCUUUAGUCCACAGAGAAGCUCCAACCACAGCGCAAUAUAUUGAGCCUUUCUCGCUUCUUAACUUAGACUCAGACGCUGAAAAAGCACAAAUUCAGGACGAAGUUGCAGCUAGCUGUGGCCUAGAUAAAGGCCUAGUAGAAGACAUCUACCCGUGCUCACCUCUACAGGAGGGCCUAAUGUCACUAACGUCGAAGCGAGCAGGCGACUAUAUCAUGCAGAGCAUACUAGAGCUGCAUGGCGACAUAGACGAAGGCGCUUUCCGGGCAGCGUGGGAGCAGGUGGUCCUAUCAUCAGCCGUGCUACGCACCAGAAUCGUGUAUCACAGCAAGCUGGGCCUGCUGCAGGUUGUCGUCGCAGAAGGGAUACAGUGGUCAGAGUCAGACGAUCUACAGGCUUACAUCGCCGAAGACAAGUCUGCAACGAUGGGGAUAGGCAAUGUUCUGGCGCGCUAUGCCAUUGUCAAGGAGCACAACAGUGGAAAGCGCUGGUUUGUGUGGACAGUUCAUCACGUCUUGUACGAUGGCUGGUCACUACCUCGCAUUAUCAACGCAGUCGAGAGAGCAUACAAAGGGGCUGCCGUUGAGAAGGAGGCUGGCUUCAACGCUUUCAUCCAGCACCUUAGUCAGCAAGAUCAGGAGGAGGCCGCUAGGUACUGGCAGGCAACGCUUAGCGGCUGCGAUGCUAUGCCAUUCCCAUCACUGCCGCCGACCGUGCAGCAGCCUGUUCCGGAUACCAUGUUAGAAUAUACGUGCCCACCGCUUCCCAAGACAGUAUCUGACACGACUAAAUCAACGCUUAUUCAUGCUGCGUGGGCCAUUGUCGCUAGUAGCCAAACCAACUCAGACGACGUCAUCUUUGGGGUAACGGUAACAGGCCGCAACGCACCGGUCGCUGGCAUUGAAGCCAUGCUGGGCCCGACUAUUGCAACGGUGCCUAUGCGCUUGCGUUUUCCUAGAGACUUGACCGUGUCGGCCUUUCUUAAGAGAGUCCAGAAGCAGAUGAUUGAGACGAUUCCUUACGAGCAGAUGGGACUGCAGCGGAUUGCCAAGAUGAGUCCAGACGCGCAGCAUGCCUGCAACUUUCAGACAUUGUUAGUAGUGCAGCCGGCGAGUGACGAGCUUGGGACCAACGAAGCGCUGGGAACAUGGAAGAACGAGUCAGUGCGGCUGAAUUUCACGACUUAUGCAUUGGCACUGCAGUGCACACUGGCUGAUUCUGGGAUUCACAUUAUGGCCAGUUUCGAUUCGCGGGCAGUGGAUCCAUGGCAAAUGGAGAAAACCAUGGGCCAGUUCAGCUCCGUGAUGAGGCAGCUGGCCGAUAUAGACGCCAAGAAGACAGUUGCAGAAAUUAACGUGCUCAGCCCUAAGGAUAGGGAACAACUAUGGGUGCGGAACGGCACGGUGCCUCCCGCAGUGGAGCGGUGUGUCCACGACCUGUUUGCCGAGCAGGCGAGAGCGCAACCCAAUGCGCCCGCCAUCUAUGCGUGGGAUGGCGAGUUGACGUACGGCGAGCUGGACGAGCUGUCGUCUAGACUAGCAGACUACCUAGUUAGCCUAGACCUUGAGGUCGAAGGCUUUGUGCCUUUCUGUUUCGAGAAGUCGCUAUGGACAGUCGUAGCCAUGUUGGCUGUGCUCAAAGCCGGCGCUGCGUUUGUACCGCUAGACCCAGAACAUCCAGCAAAUCGGCACCAGGAGAUUUUCCAGCAGACCAAGGCACGCAUUGUGCUUGUUUCAGAGCAGCACUCAACACUGCACCAGUAUGGCGACCGCACAGUUGUAGUGGUCAGCAAAGCAUCCAUCGCUGGGCUUCCCAGCCAGGCCGUCAGGCAGAGAAAAGCUCACCGGAAGGUACAGCCAGGCAACGCAGCCUAUGUCAUCUUCACGUCAGGAAGUACGGGAAAGCCCAAGGGCGUAGUGGUGGAUCACAGAGCAACAACUACAAGCUGUCUUGCCCACGGAGCAGCGAUUUUGCGCAACCGCGAUUCACGUGUUCUACAGCUCGCCGCUUACACCUUUGACAUGUGCCUAGCAGAAAUUAUUACAACAGUUCUACUUGGAGGCUGCGUUUGCGUUCCUUCCGAGAACGACAAGCGCAACAACCUGGUCAAGACUAUUGCUGAGAUGCGCGUGACGAGUGCGAUCCUCACUCCUACUGUUGCACAGCUCCUGGACCCUAACGCGAUUCCUUCACUUCGUACCCUUGUACUUGGUGGCGAAGCUGUCAGCAUGUCUGAGUGGAAUAGAUGGGAGGGCCAUGUCGAUGUCAUAAACGGAUAUGGGCCAGCAGAAUGUACUAUCAUCUGCGCAACGUAUCAUAGUGGUGAUGGAUUUCAAUCUGGAACUAUCGGCAAGUCGGUUGGGUCGAUCAGCUGGAUCGUCGACCCUGCCGACCACAACAGGCUUUCUCCACCAGGCUCAGUUGGCGAGCUGCUCGUCGAAGGACCGAUCCUGGCGCGCGGCUACCUUGGGGAUGCGGAGAAGACGGCAGAGGUCUUUAUCAACGACCCGGCCUGGCUGCUAGAAGGGUGCGACCAGUACCCGGGCCGCCACAGUAGACUGUACAAGACAGGCGACUUGGUCCGAUAUGGCCCGGACGGCAACUUGGUCUUCGUGGGACGCAAGGACGGGCAAGUCAAAGUGCGUGGACAGCGAGUAGAGCUGGGCGAGAUUGAGCAUCACGUGCACGAGUGCAUGCCAGCGGCAGAGCAGAUGGCAGUCGAGGUUAUCCUGCCUGGAAACGAGAAAGCCAAAGCGGCCGUGGCUGUCUUCCUGCAGCUAAGAGAACACGACGCCGCAGUAGAUGGCUCGCCAGCACGCGUCUUCUUCCCUGUCGAGGUGGACAGUCAGCUCAGCGAGCGGCUGCCCAGUUAUAUGGUGCCUGCAGUGUACUUUGCAGUGCACCAGCUUCCCAUGACGACGUCGGGCAAGGUGGACAGAGGGCGGCUGCGCGAGAUCGGGGCCUCGUUUACGGCACAAGAGCUGGCAGACUUGCGCACGCAUAGCCAGGGACCCAAGCGACAGCCGACGACCGACAAGGAGAGAAUGCUGCAACAGCUGUGGGCACAGGUGCUCAACGUCGAGGCGGCCGCCAUUGGACUUGACGACAGCUUCUUUCGCCUCGGCGGCGACUCAAUUACGGGGAUGAAGCUAGUAACCGAGGCGCGCAAGCAUGACAUUCACCUGUCGCUCGCGGGAGUCUUCAAGCAUCCUAAGCUUAUCAACUUGGCCGCUUGGGCUGCUAAAGACGCUCAGGUUACGUCGCAGGGCAUUGCACCUUUCUCUCUCUUGAACUCC